CAACAGCCUCCUCUGCUCUGAUUGGCCAGCGUAGGAUAAUGGCAACCAAUGGGGUGCGGUCGAACGGGCUCUGCUGAUUCUCAGCUCAUGCUGGUGAUACGAUGUGAGUGACUGAUAAGGGCUGCAUAGCACUGUGUGAGGAGUGUCACUCGGGGCCGCAGGACACACCGUGACAGAUCGUUUUAUCUCAGACCUUAUCAUCAUGACCACAAGAUUACGACCUGCGAGCAAGAAAUGUACAGUAAUUGGAGGCAGUGGCUUCCUUGGACACUACAUGGUAGAGCGUCUAUUAGACAGAGGAUACUCUGUCAAUGUUUUUGAUAUCCGGCAAGGGUUUGAAAAUGACCGGGUGCAGUUUUUUAUUGGAGAUCUAUGUAGCAAAAAGGAUUUAUUGCCAGCGUUACAGGGAGUGAAUGUUGUGUUCCACUGUGCAUCACCCGCACCUUCCAGCGACAACAGGGAACUAUUUUACCGAGUCAAUUAUAUGGGAACAAAGACCAUUAUUGAAGCCUGCAAAGAAGUUGGGGUUCAGAAACUAGUACUUACCAGCAGUGCGAGCGUCAUCUUUGAAGGCACAGAUAUUAAGAACGGGACAGAGGACCAUCCCUACGCCAAGAAACCUAUUGAUUAUUAUACAGAAACCAAGAUCCUUCAAGAGAAGGAGGUUUUAAGUGCUAAUGACCCAGCCAAUAACUUUCUAACUGUUGCAAUCCGGCCUCAUGGGAUAUUUGGCCCAAGAGACCCACAGCUCGUUCCUAUACUUAUUGAAACUGCCAAAAGUGGGAAGAUGAAAUUCAUGAUUGGAAAUGGGCAGAAUUUAGUGGACUUUACUUAUGUGGAAAAUGUGGUUCAUGGACAUAUUUUGGCAGCUGAGCAUCUACAGAAAGACUCUCCUUUGUGUGGAAAGGCUUAUCACAUUACAAAUGACGAACCAAUUCCAUUUUGGACAUUCCUAUCCCGUAUCCUGGUUGGUCUGAACUAUGAUGCACCCAAGUAUCACAUUCCUUACUGGUUGGCUUACUACCUUGCUUUCUUCGUGUCUCUCCUGGUGUUACUUAUAAGCCCUAUUGUUAAGAUCAAACCAACAUUCACUCCAAUGAGGGUGGCACUGGCUGGAACUUACCAUUACUACAGCUGUGAUCGAGCUAAAAGAGACAUGGGCUAUAAGCCAAUAGUCAGCUUGGACCAAGCAGUGGAAAGAACUGUUCAAGGUUAUUCACACCUGAAAAAGACUUGCUGAUUUAUACACCAUCUUGUAAUUUUAGUCUACUAUAAUGUGAAGUAGCCGUGGUGAAGGACCACUUUUGACACACAUAAUUGUUGUUAAUUUAGCUUUUAUUCUUCCUUCUAACAUUAAAGUGAAACUGUCACCGCUUACCUCACCCUCUGCUACCUGGCCAUUAACUCAUUAAAGAGCAUGUUACACUUCUGUAACAACCACCCCAGGUCUGCCCUCUCUUCUCCUCUAGUCUUCGUUGAUUUGUCCUGCUUGGGGACACUUCCCUCCCCACAUGACACCUUCACACUGACAUCAUUACCAGCAUGCAUCUAAACGGAGUGACAUCGCUUUCUUCCUAUAGUCCCUAGCUAGCGAUAGCGGCGCAGGCUAGAGAGUUACCAUAGGAACAACCGUGCAUGCUAUAGGUGGAGAGCAGAGGGACCUCUCAAUUCCUUGGCAUUGAGUGACAAACCUUUUGUUCUCCCAAUCUAUACAUUCGCUAGCACACUGUAUAGAUCAACUUUCAAGGGCUUUUUAGCACGACAGUUUAACUUUAAAGAGAGACCAUUCAGCUGACCAUAUUUAUGCCUUAUGGGAAGAGUGCAUAAGACAAUUCCAAAAAAGAUAAAUUUAAAAAGAAAAAAAAUACUCCUCUCUGAUUGCAGAAUCGAAUUAUAUUUCUUGGUCAAUCCCAGUCGCCCACUUAGUUUUUUAUAAGCAUGCUAUGCAUAUUAUGUAUGCCCAGGACAACAGCAAUGUAGGUCAGCAAGGCUAGAACCUUAUGUGGGGAAAAAAUUAGCAAAGCUACUCUGCAUGUUAAUUGUUAAAUUUUGAUGUGAUUUAGGAGAUUGCAAUGCAAGCAUUGCAUGAUCCUGGACAGAUCACAGAAAAGAUCUGUCUCCUACCUGUGAGUAGGGGUGGCCAUAUAACUACAGCAGACAUAAAUCAGAUAAAGGAUAGACCUGGAGCUCGUAAAAAGAGCAUAAAUGGUGAUAGUGCCUAGAUUCCAAUAAUGAUGAUAAAAGGAACUGCCUGUCCUUGCUCUCGAACACAUCCUAGACCUCAAUGUAAAUAUUGUUGGAAACCUUAAUCUAUCUACAAUAAAGGCGUAAUGAUUUACUUAA